AUGGAUAUCGACCCUAGUCGACGAAAUAAGAAGCCCCGUCUCCUCCUGGAGUCGGAGCGGGAAAGACUAGACGAAUUCAUCGAUUCGAUUCAUUAUUCUGCAAGAUAUUCCGACGACAAGUUCGAAUACCGUCAUGUCCAACUCCCGAAGAACAUGCUGAAGAAGAUUCCCACGGACUACUUUGAUAGCUCCAAGGGAACAUUGAAACUGCUGUGGGAAGAGGAAUGGCGAGCGCUAGGCAUCACGCAGAGCUUGGGAUGGGAGCACUACGAGGUGCAUGAGCCAGAACCUCAUAUUCUGCUUUUCAAGUCCGUGGUUAGCACCUCUCAAAGCCCAAUCCACUCCCCGCUGACUCUUCUUUAG